AUGGAUGCUUUCUCUUGUUAUUUGGAUGCCGGUAGAUUCAGUGGUUUCCCUUAUGAUCAAACCCGGUAUAGCCAUUUGUUGUAUGCUGGCGACAUUUUGGUUUUUGGCCCAUCUACUAUUUCUAAUGCUCAAGCUCUUAAUGAGACUUUGGGUGGUUUUGGUCAUAUCUCUGGUCUAUACAUUAAUAGAGAUAAAAGUUCUAUUCUUUUCUCUCGGAAUUCUCAAAUGGCCACUGAUAUCAAGAACUUCCUUGGUAAGAUUCAAUACUUGAAAUUCACUAUAGCCAAUACUAUUGCAUAUUGGAUCCGCGAAGAGAUAAUACCUAAGGAUUGCUGUAAGAUAUUUAACAGACUGUGUGCUAGGUUCCUUUACCAUGGCUCUACCUAUGUUAGGAAAUUACAUCUCAUUGCCUGGAACAACACUUCUCUGCCUUACUGCUAUGGGGGUCUCGGUAUUCCUGACAUCAACUCCAUGUAUUUUGGCCAUGCCUGCUCCUUAUGGAGAUUUUACACUUUGGAUUCACCUAUCAACUCUUGGUUUAGAAGUAAUUUUGAAUCUCCAUUCAAACCUGUUAACACUAAAGCUUCAAAAUUCUGGAAACUGAUUAGUGACACUGCCAUCCGUGUUAAACACUUACUGAAAUUUCAUGUGACACAUUCGAAUUGUAAACUUUCUAUGUCUUGGAACCCUUGGGUUAAUGGCUUAUCAUUAGCUAACAUUUCCUCUUCUCUACCCCCGAGUAAUACUAUGGCUAGAGAGUAUAUUUUUAACUGUUGCUGGGUUUUAAAGAAUGACUUUCCUCGUCAGCUAAUCCAGCUGAUCUCCUCUACUCCUAUUGUGGACUGUGACAUUUGUGCUUCUUGGACUGGAAAAGGGACUCCAAAUUAUAAAAACUUCAGAAAAGUGUUCUUUGCUGAUCUCAUUAAAGUCCCUUGGUAUAAGUUUAUUUGGCAUAAACGAAUUGCGCUUAGAUAUUCCUCUUACACCGGAUUAGCUGUUUGCAAUGGGCUUAAAACUGCGGAUGUGUUGGCUAAAAGGAAUAUUAUCAUACAUUCUAUUUUCCCCCUUUGUGAUAAGAAGGAUGAAUCUAUCUCUCAUUUGUUCUUCCAAUGCCAAUACUCAUUUCAAAUUCUGGAAACGCUUUUGCCGGAUGUCAGGGGAUUGUUAUUGAGACCUAAGAUGCUGCAGCUAUUUGAAUUUUUUUGA